GAAUUACAGAUACUUUCAGUUCUGGGUUUUGGAGCUUAUGGAACUUUUCCAUGGAUUUUCUGAUAUUCUCACAUUGAUUGGGAGAGGAGAAAUGAAACAUGGAAAAAGACACAGAGCUGAAGUUUCAAGAAGCUUGCCCCAAUGGGAACGCAAGUUCUUGGCGUAUAAGGCACUAAAGAGGAAACUGAAACUGACAAACCCUAAUUCAAAUGGAAGAAACAGAGUGAGAUCUGGGAAUUUACCCACACAGGACAUGGGCUUCAAACAGUCAUUGAACAGGGAAAUCGAUAAGGUCAACACCUUUUAUCUGGACAAAGAGGAAGACUAUAUCAUCAUGCUCAGGGAGCUUGAAAGCAGGGCUGAAAACCUAAAUGGCAACGAUGAAGAAAUGCUGGAAUUGCGGAGGGAACUCUUAGAUUUUUACUCGGAGAUGGUGAUGCUACUCCAUUACAGUGUCAUCAACUUUACAGGGUUGAUGAAGAUUGUGAAGAAGCACAACAAACGUGCAGGUGGAGCUGUUCAGUCAUCGUACAUGCCUAGGGUUUUGCAGCAGCCGUUCUUCUCCACUGAGUUGCUUUACAAUCUUAUUAGGGGGUGUGAAGCCACACUUGAGCGCCUCUCUCCCCCGAAUGAUCCUUGAUGAAGAUCCAUAUUCUGCUUCAGCUCCUCUUGUUUAUACUGGUUUCUAAUGAUAUUGGUGUUGGCU